AUGGCGAUGCCGGGCACCUCGACAAUCGGCUGGAAAGCCUUCACCUUUUUUCGAUCGGCCACGGUCGAGGACCACAACGUCCCGGAGGGCUGCACGUGCGCCUGCUCGGCGGAGGACGCCGUCAUCUUCGCGUGCGACGACGGCAUGGUGCAUAUGCUCGACCAGGAUCUCAGAGUCUUCCGGGCGUUCCGAGCCCACAAGUCGAAGAUCAUCCUGGUCAGGGAGCUGCCGUUCGACGACGGCUUGCCGGAGGGCACCCGGACGCUGCUGACCGUCGGCGACGAGGGCCCUGCGGCACCGGCACAUUCGAGGUUUGCGGCGCGUGCGUGGCGCUUCACAGGCGAGGAGCCGGUGCCGUCGACGCUGUCCAAGGUCGACAUCUUCCAGGGGAAGCAAGCGUUCGCGGGGACGAGCGGCGUGCCGGACGUCGUGUGCGCCUCGCUGCUGGCGUCGGGGCCAACGGAGCACGUCUUAGCAGUUGGGCUGUCCAACGGGCAGGUGCAGCUGCUGCAGGGGGACCUGACGGCGCGCGACGGCGUGCUGAUUGCGCGGUCGACGCACGGGCCGCUGCAGACGGACGACGCAGCAGCGUCCGCAGUGACUUCGGUCCAGGCCGCGCAGUUCGAGGCCGCGCCCGUCGUCUACGUGGCCUCCGCGGCCGCAGUCGGCUUCCUCUCCGUCGCGACCGGCCGCGUGGCCAAGCUCGAGAGCCAGGGCGCGCAGGCGGGCUGUUGCGCUGUCGACAGCUUGGGCGGAUUGCUCGUGGCACGGCACGAGGCCGUCUACCGGUACACUCCAGAGGGCAAAGGCACCUGCCACGCCCUGCUCGGACCGAAGCGCCUCGUCGCCGCAGUCACGUGCGGGUCUGCGGACCCGGCCUCGCCGCCCACUCGCAAACCACUGGCCGACGGCAGCGGCAGCACGCCUGGUGCCAGCGUCUCCGGGCCCAGCGGCGCGGCGGCCGCGGCACGGCCCGCGGCGGCCCUGCCGCAGACGGAGUACCUCGUGUGCGCCAUGUCUGGCCCGUCCGCCGUCCCUGAGCGCCUCCAGACCGUCUCAGUCGGGCUGUUUGAUCCACGGCACAAGAUUCAAGGGUUCUCGACCUCCCUCCCAGGCCUGGCGCUGGUUCUGCACGCCUGGGGGCAGGUCAUCCUCGUGUCGACCCCGCUCAGCUCCGGCCAGGCCGCCGCCGCCGCCGCCGUCGCGGAGAAGGCCGGAUCCGCCUCCGCCACCAGCGCGACCACCGCCAGCGCUAUGCAGGUCAUUCGCGCGUGGGAGCGCCCGCCCGAGGAGCGCCUCGAGCUGCUGAUCCGGAAGAAGAUGUAUGCGGUCGCGCUCGACAUGUCGGAGCAGUUCGGGGUGUGCGGGAGCACCGUUGCCGACCUUCGCAAGAUGUAUGCGGACGCGCUGUUUGCUGAGGGCGAUCUUGACGCCGCGGUGGAGCAGUACGCCGCGACGCUCGGGCACCUCGAGCCCUCGUACGUUCUGCGCAAGCUGCUCGACGUGCAGCGCACCGACGUGCUCAUGCGCUUCCUGGAGCUCGUCCACGCCGGCGGACACGCUGGGAUCGACCACACGACGCUGCUGCUGAACUGCUACACGCAAGCGCGCGAGCAGGACAAGAUCACGACGUUCAUAUGCGGGGAGGGCCGCAAGCCCGAGGGCGCGCUGCAGUGGCGCCUCCAGCGCGCGGCGGGCGCCUCGGCCGCCACGGGCACCGCACAACCGCCACGACGCCCGUCGCUGGUCCGCCGGCUGGACCCGGAGGUCGCGGUGCGCGUCCUCCGCGGCGCCGGGUACCGCGAGCACGCGCUGUACGUCGCGGAGGCCUGCGGAAAGCCCGCCUGGUCUCUGGAUAUACUCCUAGGUGACAUGUCGAGAUAUAAGGACGCUAUCGCGUAUGUCGGCAGCCUGAGCCUCGCCGAGGCCGCGCAGGCGCUCGAGGCGCACGGCCACGAGCUCAUGCGGCAGGUGCCCAACGACACCACGCGCCUCCUCAUCAGCCUCGCCUGCGAGAGCUACAACACCAGCGCCGCAACGCCCGCAAGCGCAGGGCCGCGCGCUCUGGGCGACCCGGCGCUCCACGACCGCCCCGCGCGGUUCUGCGACCCCGUCUCGCUCCUCGACCUCUUCACGGACCACGAAGACUGCCGGCGCGAGUACUGCGAGGCACUUCUCGAUAGCCUUGGUCCGCGACGCCUCGAGGCGCCGUCUCUCCGCCGGAUCCUGCACGCGCUGCUGCCGCUCUACCUGGCCUCGGACAACGCGGCCACGCGCGACCGCGCCCUGCACCUGCUCAAGGACCACUGGCCGCCGAACUCCGCGCCACGCUACGGGACGGACCACGCUCUUGUUACGUGUCGCAUGCAAGGAUACCGUCCGGGGUUGCUGUGGCUGUACGAGCGGUUGCGGCUGCCGCGCGAGGCGCUGCGGCUGCAGAUGGCCGGCGGGGACACGGGCGGCGUGCUCGAGACGGUGCGGUGGCUCGGCACGGGCGCGCAGAGCAGCGACCCUACGUUGUGGUGCGAGGUGCUUGAAUAUCUCGGAAAGCAGCCGCCGGGGCCGGACACGGACGCGGUGGUGCAGAAGGUGCUCGCGCGGAUCGAGGCGGGGGGCGUGCUGCCCCCUGCGUUGGUGUUGGAGACGCUGGCCAAGUCCCCCUCGCUCACGCUGGCGUCCGUGCGGGAGUACGUGUCGGGGCACAUCCAGGCGCAGAGCGCGGCGAUCGCGCGCGACGCCGAGGCCGCCGCGGAGCUGCGCGCGGAGGCGGAGCGGUUCUCGGAGGAGGCGGAGCGGCUGGCGACGCAACCAGUGGUGUUUCAAAGCACACGGUGUGCUGUCUCGGGGGCGCCGCUGGAGCUGCCGAGCGUGCACUUCCUGUGCGGGCACUCGGUGAACGUGCGCGUGCUGGGCGAGGACGAGUCGAGCUGCCCGCUGUGCGCUCCGCAGCACCGCGCUAUCGAGGACAUCAGGCGGGCGCUGCGGCCGGCGCCUGGCGAGGACGAGCGGUUCUUGUCGGAGCUGCGCUCGGCCCCUGAUGGGUUUGCCGUGGUUGCUGAGUACUUCUCCCGAGGCAUUCUCGACGCGCCUGCCAGCGGCGGGCCACGCCAGGCUGCGAACUCGAGCUUCCAGCUCGAGCUGUCCGACUGA